AUGGCUGAUGUUGAUCUUCCUUCAAUCACUUCAUCAAAUUCAAAACUAAAAACACUUCGUACACUUAACUCCAUACACAAAGAAAUAACAUCUAUUCUAAAUCCUAAUCUAGAACAAUGUAGAUUUCUCUGUCCUGUCACCCAAAUAAUUUCCGAAACUAAACAUCGUGUUGUUUUAUUGACAUUAAUUUAUCAUCGUCAGAAUGGAGGCGAAUAUGCCAUCUUUUUAUUUAAUGAAAAUCUCAAGUUGAGAGAUUGUAUUCCAAUCAAGAAUUAUAGUUUCUUUGUUCAGAUUAGAAAUGUGAAAACUCCUGAUGAGAAAGUUCAAGAAUUGAAUAGAAAGAGAAAAGAAUCAAUGCAAAGUGAUUCAAGUGAUUAUGAUGAUUAUGAAGAUGACUAUACACCAAGUGAAGAAAAAGAUGUUUUUGCCAAGUCAAAUCGUCUAGUUCUCUAUCAUGUUGUAAAUGAGAAUGAAACUCAAGAAUUUGUCUUUUCCUUUGAUAAUGAUCAGCAAUUGUUACAAUUUACAUUUGCAUUGAGUAAUAUUUGUGAUAAGGAUCCUUCUUUCAAGCUUGGAUUUGAUCAGAUUUUUGAAAUUCCAUCAGAAUUAGAAAAUAUUCUCAAUAGAGAAGAAUAUUAUGAUGAGGUGAGAGGAGAUUCACAACCACAAUUCAUUCCACCACAUGGCUAUCAAUUUAUAACCUCCACAUCAGAUAUUAAAUCACAUUUGAAACAAUCAAACAUGCUACUUCAAAUGUCUCAACAAUUUGCCUCCCUGAAACAUCAAAUCACCCUGAAAUCAAAUGAUCUGAAAUUCAUGGUCUCACAACAAAUGUUAGGACCUAAUAAUAAGAGAUUGAGUGCUAAAUUUGCUUUGGGUUCUCCAAUUGUUGGCUCAUUAGGAAUGACAUCUUCUCCUGUGAAUACAGGUGGAUUGACUGUGAGUGAAAAGAGAAAAUCGCUGACACCUACUGGAAUUCUUCCACAAUCAAGUGGUCAACAAAUAAUUGGUCAAUCCACAUUAACUUCAUUGCUAAAAUCUCAUAGUGGUGGCUCAAACUCACAAACACCAACCCCAUUCGAUUGGGUUUUGUUUUUCAUUGAAAGAUUUGAAUUGGAUGCUAACGAAAUUGAAUUCUUAAAUCCACUUUAUCAAAAUAUGGAAAAUUCUGGAAGUUUGGAUUGUAUUAGAAUUGUAGAAAAUAGAAAGGAUAAACUUGUGGAGCAGGAUGUUGUUUCCAUUACCAAAGAUGAUUCGAAUACUGAAGAUGAAUAUGCUUGGUUAAUGAAACGAUCAGAGCAAGAAAUUGAGAAUCAUAUCAAGAGUAUUCCAAGAGUGAUUGCUGCCAAACCAUCAAAUACAGCUGCCAAACCUCUCAACACGGUUUCCAGUUUUACAAAAACUUCCAACCAAACCAUUCGUCAAGUUUCUACCCCUUCACAAAACAACUCCCAACCAACCACAUCACCAAAUAAGCCAAUCACCUCCUCCAAUCCAAUUUCUACAACUCCCUCCACAACAGCUGCUCAACCAAUGGUUCAAUCACCUCCAACCAUUGAAUCCAAUUUCAUGCAAUCUGAACUCCUAUCCAAGCUCUAUAACAAUAAUAGUAGUGCCCAACUAUCUUCCUCUCCAUCCAACAAUGCCAAUUCCAAUAACACUCCCAAAUCAGCAACAAGCACACCAACUACCACCACUGUACCAACCACUAAAAUCAUUGGAUCCAAACAAGCUCAACAACAGCAACAGCAACAAAAGGACGAUUCUGAUUCAGAUAUUUCACUGAGCAUGUCCUCAUCAGAUUCUGAUGAAGAUGAAGAAGAUGAUUUGGAUAUGAGUAGCACAGACGAAGAUUCUGAUUAAAUCAAGCUAUCUUGUAAUAAAACAACAAUAAUUGUUACACAAACUACUUGAAUGAUCAACAAUAAAUCCAAACAAAUUG